ACAAGGUUCUGUACUGCCGGAGAGAUUGUCGUCGGUCGCUUCUCGGAACUUCUCGGAUCUCUGUGCUGUGUUCAUUCUCGUGCACUGUCCUCUCUCUCUCUUUUUCUCUCUCUCUCUCUCUCUCUCUCUCUCUUCAUGCUGUCUAUCUCCUGCUACCUGUACCCCUCAGCUCGGAGUCUCUCAGUUCCAGCGGCUCAGUCACAGCGCACAGAGCACGGAGCCGAAGUGUCCAACACCGAACCCACCGAACCCGACCGUAUUUAGUCCUCCGCGAGGCAGCGGGAAGCCCAGCCCUGGAUUCAAUACUUGUAAUCAAUGGACAGAGCCCUCUCAACGGCCAACCGAGGUACCGACACGCCAUAAGCAGUCCUUAUCCUCUGGCUGGUGUUCGCCCUGUAGUGUGGAGGGGGAUGGAGCGUUGCGGAGGAGAGAGCCCUCGUUUACGGGAGAGCCCUGAGCGACGUGGGAGCAGCAGUCCUGAUAUUGGCAGCCCCCCACCAAAGAUGGGUCGUGUGGAACUCAACGGUAGUCCCACAGGUCACCGCAGUCGCCACAAUGGGGCCCCACAGAGACCUCUUGGCGGUCUGAUGAUUCCAGUCUUCUGCGUAGUGGAGCAGGUGGAUGGAGGGAUGAUAUCAGAUGGAGAGAGCCGGGAGGAACAUGCAGAGUUUGUGCUGGUCAGGAAAGACAUCCUUUUCACUCAGCUGGUUGAGACUGCACUUCUUGCCCUUGGCUACUCCCACAGUUCUGCAGCCCAGGCACAUGGCAUCAUUAAGGUGGGCCGCUGGAACCCCCUGCCCAUCCAUUACCUGACAGAUGCUCCAGAGGCAACGGUUGCUGAUAUGUUGCUGGACGUUUACCACAUGGUCACGCUACGCAUCCAGCUACAGAGCUUUGCCAAACUGGAGGACCUUCCAUCAGAGCAUUGGAAUCACGCUACAGUACGCAACGCCCUCAAAGAACUGCUCAAAGAGAUGAACCAGAGCAUACUGGUCAAAGAAUGUCCUCUCUCCCAGAGUAUGAUCUCCUCAAUAGUGAAUAGUUCCUACUAUGCUAACGUCUCAACUGUCAAGUGCCAAGAGUUUGGUCGCUGGUACAAGAAGUACAAAAAAAUUAAAGGGGAUUAUUUGUGGCAAGGACGGGACAGCUCGGAAAUCAAGGUUGAAAGGGACAGUCUCACUGACUUCUGUGUAUUAGCCCAGCGUCCGCCCUCUCACCUGGCUGGUCUGGCGCAGCUCUGUCCCUUGAACAGUGCCGGCUCUCUGGUGAAAGGCGGCUCUGGAGAACCUCAGAAUUCAACCCAGUCUCAGCCUCCAUCCCAAGGGCAGCCGCAAUUACAGCUCCAUCACAGUCCUCCGCUACGGGCUCAGGUGCCUCCUCCACCUCCGCCUGCUGCCCUGCAACCUCUUUUGGCGCCUGGAGGACUUCUCUCACCUCAGCUCAGUCCACAGCUGGUGAGGCAGCAGUUAGCCAUGGCUCAUCUUAUCAACCAGCAGCUGGUCGUCAGCCGCCUCCUGCAUCAGCAUCCGCAAGCUCUUAACCAACAGUUUCUCAAUCACCCACCCAUCCCGCGGCCUAGCAAGUCCGGUGGCCCUGGAGAGCCUGGGUCCAACCCCUCAGCUGCGGAAGUCUCCUUUGAUGUCUACCAGCAGGUGCGAGACGAGCUGAAAAGGGCCAGUGUCUCACAGGCAGUGUUCGCUCGAGUUGCCUUCAACCGUACACAGGGCCUGUUGUCAGAGAUCUUACGAAAAGAGGAGGACCCACGCUCAGCCUCUCAGUCCUUGCUAGUGAACCUCAAAGCGAUGCAAAACUUCCUGAACUUACCUGAGAGUGAAAGGGACCGAAUUUACCAGGAAGAGCGAGAGCGCAGCAUGAACCCCCCUGUGAGUCUGCCCCCAAGCACAAACCCCAGCCCUGGUUGCGCCCGCCUCUCUCAGAAAGUGUGGGAGCGCAGCAUCGAUGAACAGUUAACCCCUGACGCGUGGGCAUCUAUUUGGAAGAAUAAGACCAAAAUCACAAACUCGUCCAAAACUUCUGGUCCUAACCCUGACCUUCCCCUGAAACUGGAGCCACUGGUUAACAUCACCUCAGCCAUUUAUGACGAAAUCCAGCAGGAAAUGAAACGGGCAAAAGUGUCUCAGGCACUUUUUGCCAAGGUGGCAGCCAACAAGAGCCAAGGAUGGCUGUGCGAACUGCUUCGCUGGAAAGAGAGUCCCAGUCCGGAGAACAGGACUCUCUGGGAGAACCUGUGUACUAUCCGGAGGUUUCUGAGCCUUCCACAAGCGGACAGGGAUCUGGUGUAUGAGGAAGAGUCCCGCCAUCACCACAGUGAACGGCUGCACACUGUACUACACUUGCCCACUGACCCUCAGGCACUUCACAGACAGCCCAUGCAGCCACUGAAGGACCACUCUCCCAUCCGAGAAGAACCUGUUCCCAGUUCUGGAGCCGAAGAGAACCCUCAGGCUAAUGCAUGUUCAGGCAACAGCGGAGGGGAUUGCAACAUCACAAAAAAACCUCGCUCACGCACCAAGAUCUCUCUGGAGGCUCUAGGCAUCUUACAGAGCUUUAUCCAAGAUGUGGGCCUCUACCCUGACCAGGAAGCAAUCCACACCCUUUCAGCCCAAUUAGAUCUGCCCAAACACACCAUUAUUAAGUUCUUCCAGAAUCAGCGUUAUCAUGUGAAGCAUCAUGGCCGACUAAAGGAGCUCGGAUCUGAGGGCGGCGGUGUAGACGUAGCUGAAUAUCAUGAUGAGGAGCUGCUCUCCAGUUCAGAGGAUGCGGAAUCCAGUGAAGAUGGCCACGAAGAGAUCUACAGUGGGCAUGAAAGCACACCAGCCAGAGCAGCCAACUCUAUCCCAACUCCAGCUGUUUCUUCAGGCCAGGAUGAGAAUAAAGACAAAGGCCUGCCCCUGGGAUCAGCCAGACCCAGCUCCCUGCCUCCAUGUGGUUCAUCCCCAAGUCCCCGAGAUCAGGCAGAAUAUCAGAGAUAAAACGGUCUCAACAAAGACUAUACUGUAGGUGGGGAAAGGCAAGGAGUGAGCACUUACAACUAUUCUGUAGUGGAUGAGAGAGUGUUGCGGAUAGCUUAGAAACUUUCUAACAAAGACACAGUGUCCUCUGAGGACCCGUAAAAGGCAAACCAAACCAGACAAGAUCUGCAUUUUGAUUAAGUUUUGGUGUAGAAAAAUCAGUUGUGAUCUACUCCUGGCCUCAUACCUCACAAGUUACUUACAGGGGUGGCAUGGUACGGAAGCAAUCCCUACGGCAUACUACAAGGAAAUAAUUUGUUUGGCUGGGAAGCAUUUAUUUUCUAGAUGUAAAUCAUCAAAUUAAGGCAAGAUAGCUGCCUCAACCCCAAGAUGUCACAAGCAUUCAAACUUGCAUGAUAAUAAUGUCAAGAAGGCCAGUAUUUGUGUUUCAUUUCUAAUCUGAGAGCAGGGGGUCUCUCGCAAAAUACCACUAUCCAUGCCCCCUCUUUAUCUCUACAGGGUUAAAAUGGCAGGGACAGUGCUUUAGAUGAGCCAAUGAUCUCCUAUAGGACACCAACAACAUCACUCCUGUCCGAUCAGGGAGCCUAGUGGGCGGCUAUGGCUGUCCUCAUCUUCCCCUCCAUGAUGGGGCAUUCUGGCAGUCGCCAACUGAGGGCCGUGCUCGACUGCUAAAGCGGUCGGUUGGGUUAGAGGUACAGAUGAGAUCUUGGGUGUACACAUCAGCCAAGCCCAGGAUCCCUACUAUAAACACAUGUGGUGUGCUGAAAGGUCCACAGUUAGCCCAGUGGCGCUUUUGAAGACUAUGCCAUCCUUCCCACAACCAGCCACAACCGUCAUUCCGAGCAGUCCCACACAGUUCAAGAAAUCACUUUUACCCCCACCACCCAUGCACACCCAAUACAGACUGUGCAAUCAGUCACUCCUGUCCAGUGGUUGAAGGUUUGCUUUAUACAGAUAUGUUUAGACCGUAGGUUUCAUUCCAGUUUUGCUCUCUCUACAUUUAAAAGACAGUGAGAAUAAAACAUAAUUGGCAGGAGGACUGACUACUAUGGGCAGAAGGACAACGGUGAGGGUGCAGUCUAACUGCAUCUGCCUCUGGCCUAGUGGAGAAGAGCAAACCAUUUCCAGCAACUGCGCUUGUGUGGAAGUGCGGUAGUUCUUCUCUCUUCCGUCACCUCCCACAGCUUUCUCUUUUCCUGACUGAUGCCCACAAUGUCCUGAUUUGACCUCACUUACCCACACCCAACUCCACAGCACUAUUUAUUGCUAUCUUCACCCUCAAUUAUUAUUGUUGUUAUUGGUAUUAUUGUUGUUAUGGUUGUUCUUGCUGUUAUUUUUAGUUCUAUUUUCAUGGUCUAAUAUCAGCUUUUGGCUUGCAGCAGAUGUUUUGGUAAUGAGAGACACGUUGUGAAAGAAAGAAACUGCCAAAACAGAGAGGAAUGAAUUGGAAGCAGUUACUGAAGUUACUGAGUGAAUCAUGUGAUAUAUACUGCCAAUUCUAUCAGCAUUAUGUACUUUUCCAAAGAGAACAGCACUUGGCAGAUGAGAUGUUGAAUAUUAAAACAAUAGAAAUAAGAGGAAUCAGUGGAAUUUAUAUGAUCUUUUUGUGCAUAAGAUGACAAUCCUUCUUUUGAGCCAAUCAGAACUCGGCAAGCAUUUGGAUUAAAACUUUGAUCAGCGUAACCUGAGGCAACAUGGCCACCUGUUUAAAAAUUAUCAAUGACAUCGUGGCAACACUUGUAUCAAGGGUUCUGAUUUGUUUUUGAGAAUCAGCUGCUACUUGCUCUUUCACAGAUAAUAGACAAAAUAUUGUUGUUAACCUUAUCCUAACCCUUAAACUAUCUUGUUUCAAACAAGUGAUAAUUGUGGUCUAUGUCCAUGUUUUGUUAUUACAAAUGGAAAUGUUUUGUUUAGAAUCAUUAAUGUGCAAAAUGCUGAUGUGGUUCUUGCAAUUACUUUGAGCAUCCUGACUCUUUCACAUAGGCACAGUGUCCACACCUGUACAUGCCUAUGACUAAUGUAUUCCAGCAGAACAUUAGUUAAAAAUGGGGAUACACAUACUGUAUUUUUCUCAGAAGCUUAGAUGGCAUUCCAAUCACAAGGAUAAGCUUCUCACUCUGAUGUCUGUGAGGUUGAAUUGUAAGUAUAUAACCUUAAGAAGUCGUUCUCUAGUACAUUGAUCAUUUGUCCCUGGUUAUGAUUUCACUGUGGCCAUGCUGCAUUUCUCACAAAUUUUCAAGUAAAGACCAGACUAAGGCAUCAAGGACUAGAGCUCUCUAAUAAGAUGUGCAGGAAUUAUGUGAAUUCACAUGGAAAUGUGUUGGUGGCAAAAGAGCCUGAUGUGUGUUAUACCUAUAACUGUUAUAGGUUAAUACUGUUAUAUAAUAACACUUAGGCAACCUUUGACUAUGUUGUGCUUCUCUGCUGCUCACCUCUUCAGAGAGAUUGAACUUCUAACCAUUUUCUGUCCUAUUCCCCUAUCUGCAUCUUUGGCUCAUUUUAAUUUCACUCUUUCUGUUUGUUUGAUUGUUACCUGGUCUGCAUUUACCCAAAUCUGAACUUUAAAAUCAAUCAUAGGUGACUAUACAGAACUUAUGUACCUCCCUGUCUUUGAUUGUAGGCCCCCUAAAAAUUUAAAAUUACUGUCAACAACCUUAAAAAUCUGUGAUUAUGUGAUUUUUCUUCAUGUUCACCGACAACUGUCUACAGUCUCUCAGGUUAUUUCAACA